AGGAGAAGGAGAAAGAGUUGGUGGUGAGAUCGAUGAAGUGGCAGGCAGAGGGAAGAGGAGGAGGAGGAGGAAAAUCUCACGAGAUAAUGAAAGAAAAAGAGGAGAGCUGCUAGUGUUAGAGAGAAAAGAAAAAACACGAGGCUAUACCCGGAGAUUUUUGGAGUGAAAAACAAAGAUUGGGAAAAAAGAAGGGACGAAGAGAGCGAGCGUGGUUCGUCCGAAACCGCAGAUGGUUUUCUUUUUUUUUGCACUCUGGUUUCUGUGAAUGUAGCACCCCGGGGCGCAGCGGACCAAUUGUGUGAAUCUGCAGGGCUGCUCGGCGACACAAUCGGAGAGAUGCACAGGACGGACAACAGCCGCGGACGCGCUGUGAGAAGUGGAUAAUAAAGGCACAAAAGCGAGGCAUCUGCCGAAGAACACAGCUGAGCACCAAAGAGACAAGCGGAGUGCUGAUGCACAAGUGAGAAUAAAAUCACAUUUCAGGCUCCUGAUGCUGUUGCUGUCACGUUUUCUGGGAGUUUGAGGGAGUUUGAAGACAGUACUUAACGUUAUCAGAUAAUUAAUUAGACACCCCAUAAGCCCGGAAAUCAAUUAAUUCACAAAUCAAUAAAUCCAUAGUUUGGUGUAACAAGAGACCUUCCAGUCUGUUGACCUGACUGUUGAACAACAAUAACAAGAGAAGAGUAACAACAGGCAGAGGUGAGAAAUACAGAUUUAUUUGCUGAAAUUGAAGAUGGAUGGGGGUCUAGGGGAGAUGUCCCUCCACAGCCACUCUGAUUUGGCUCACAGCCAGGAUGGCAGGGCUAUGCUACACUCCCGGGACCUUUCAGCUGCCUUCCCCAGGCCUUCUCUCGGGGGCUCCUCCAUGUCUCUGGAACAUGAGCCCCGUCCACCAGGCUUUGACCACUCCAUGUCAGCACUGGGCUACAGCGGCGACUCCCCGUCCAGCUCCGGCAGCACCUACACCACCCUGACCCCCCUGCAGCCCUUUGAUGACAAGUUCCACCACCACCAUCACCAUCACCCCUGCCUCCCCGUCAGCAAUGUCAUCGGCAGCUUCACCCUCAUGCGUGAGGAUCGAGGCCUCAGCACCAACUUCUACAACCCAUACGGCAAAGAACUAGCCAUGUCCCAAAGCCUGUCGCCCCCGUCCACAGGUUCAGGCCUGGGCUCCGCCAUACAUGGCUAUGGCAGUCUGGGCAACAGCCCUAAUGGCAACGGUGGCCAGAUGCUCCAUGGUGGCUAUGAUGUUCAUGGAGGAAGCCUCUUCUGCCGGACAUCUGAUUUUGGUCGGGAGAUGUCACCACCAGGCCUAGGAGGAGGCGAUGUGUCAGUGAGUCACCAGCUGAAUAAAAUGGAGGUUCACCAGCACGCUACGGGCCACCACCCACACAUCUACAGUCAGCACUACCAGCCCCACCAUCACCCAAGCCAGCAAGCCACCAAGAUGGGCGAGCACCUUCACUCCUCAUCAUCCGCCUCGUCCUCGCCCGGUGAGGGUAUGCUGCCGGGCUCACAGGGCAGUGGAGGAGGCACUGGGGAGGAGAUCAACACCAGGGAUGUGGCCCAGAGGAUCAUCACCGAGCUGAAGAGGUACAGCAUCCCCCAGGCCAUCUUCGCCGAGAGGGUUCUCUGUAGGUCACAGGGCACACUGUCUGACCUCCUGAGGAACCCCAAGCCCUGGGGCAAGCUCAAGUCCGGCCGCGAGACCUUUAAGAGGAUGUCCCGCUGGCUCCAGGAACCAGAGUUUCAAAGAAUGGCCUCGCUCAGGCUUGAGGCCUGCAAGCGUAAGGAACAGGAGCAGACCAAACUGGAGCGCAACCAGGGCCCGAAGCGUACCCGUCUGGUGUUCACAGACCUGCAGCGGCGCACACUCAUGGCCAUCUUCAGAGAGAACCACCGCCCGACCAAAGACCUGCAGGUCACCAUCUCCCAGCAGCUGGGCCUGGAGCUCUCCACCGUCAGCAACUUCUUCAUGAAUGCCCGCCGACGCAACCUCAACAAGUGGGCAGACGAGGGCCGUCCCUCCUCGACCGGCUCCUCUGGCUCCAGCGUUUCCUCCUCCGCAGUGUCCUGCAGCACGGCGUGAUGACGGACCAUCAGGGAGGUGCAGUGGGGAGGGCGCUGAGGGAGCAAGGGGGCACAUAGACUGGUCUAGGCAGAGAUCAGCCGUAAUAAAUGUCCUCCUCGUUAUCAGAAGGAGUGACGGAGCCAGCCAUUAAAGAUGAUUUUAUGAAGAUGAAGCAUUUUCCCAAACCAAAGUUGAUUGCUACCUUGAAAUGGAAGGGGGCAAUGCCUAGAGUGAUAUGAUUGCAGGACGUGAGGUCCUGCUUGUAUAGUCGAGGGUGCAAAGAUGAUUUGGCUCAAAGAAGAGUCACACCCUUACAUAGACACCGUCUCAUUGCAUUAUUUUGAUUAUGUAGAUUAGAGAUAAUGAGGGUAUUACAAAUCAGGAGGAAGCAUAUUUUGAUGUACCUUCAGAUCUAUUCUCAUCUCUCCAAACGUGAAGAAUCAAGAGGUCCCAUUUGCUCACAUCUGGAGAACUCCAUUGUAUAACUUAAUCAAAUGUGUUCACCAUCAUCCAAAGAUGUUAAUCUUCCACCUGUGUUUUUAUAUUGCUACAUUUCCUCAAGAAUCAAGGUGAAAGAGGAAAUAAGGCAUUUUUUUAAUUAUCUUUUUUUAUUUUCUGAAGAGCCAAAUUCCCCUUUUUUUCAUGGCGUUUCCAUGGCGACGGUUCCCAGGACUGUAUGGCGUCGUUCCAAGUACGGAGCCUGGAACUAUCAGGAGUGUUCCUGACUCCAAGCUGUCAAUCAUUUUAGGUCAACAGGAGGCUUUCCUGUAUUUUGUCAAGAUGGUCCCGCCUUGAAUGAAUCAGAGUUUUCAUGGGGGAACCACGGUGCAUCUCGCUGUAUGCCAGGACAGAAUCGAUAAACACAAGUAGGACGCAGAAACAGACUUGUUGGUGCAACCGUCUAGCUUUAAGACUCUCGCUGAGCUUCCAAAUGAAAGCUCCACAGCCAUGUUUGAAUCAAAAUCAAGCCAAAAAAAGAAAGAAAAUCAACCGCCGAACACAAACCCUCCAUGGAGGAGAGGUACACCUAACACAAUGUAUAGUGACAUUGUAGUAUUUUUUCCACUCAUUUCCAAAUAACUGUACACACCUCUGCUCCAUUACAAAAAUCUUUUUUUACAGAUGUCUAGAAAAUGGAGGAAUGUGAUUCUUUCCACCCUUUUUGUACAGAUUUCAAGCACAUCGCUCUAUUUAUAGAAACACGUUGGAAGUGUGGGGCAGUUUGUUUCAGCCCUGCUGACGUACAAGGUCAUUUUUUUGGUCCACAAAGGAAAGGCUUUAACAUGCCUCCUUAUAGCCAGUAGUUAAAUCAAACCAAGAACGUUUCAAAUGCAAUUAACUGAUUUGAUCAACAUAUUUAUUACUGCAUUUGUGUAUUUAUUGUUUUUCCCUUUUCUUUCCUCUCUAUUUAUUUGGUUAUUUAUUUACGCUAUCUAUAUACUGUAAGUAUUUAUUUAACGAUUCUCUGUAUGUCUGUGUGAAACUGAAGACUUUUUCUGAUGGGCACUUUUAGCUGUAGAAUCCCAUCGUAAUACCAAAGAUUAACAUUGCCUCCCUGAAUGUACGGCCUGAAUCCCUAAACCCAGUACCUGAUCCCGACCCGAUCCAGCCCAACCCACCCAGUGAUGUUACGUAUCUCUCUAUCUUUAAGGCCUGGCCUUUAUUUUUAUUUAUUUCUAUGUUCUUUUCUUUUUGUAGGAUAAUGGGGAAUUCUUUACUCUUGCAAAUGUCUCUGCUGUCAGCUCUUUACGCCAAGGCCAAAGCCUGUUUGAAUGUUGUGAUAAUAUUUAUGAUUAAUAAUACUAUGAAUGAUAUUAGUAAUAAUAAUAAUAAUAAUGAUGAUUAAGAUGAUGUGGCAUCCCAUAGGUUCACAAUUUGCUUGUAAAGUUGUGUUCAGACCAAUGCCAUCUGGUGGAGUGUGUAAAAUGUCUGGGGACCCACUUAAAGCGCUGUCAAAAGUUGAGCCCAUGCAAACAGACACAUGCAAACAUGUAUGUGCUUGACCCACCUCCACUCCAUCUUACUCACCUAGUCCUCUCUCACGAGCAGUGCAGACACUCCUGUCUAUGUCCAACUCAGUGUGAUCUCACUGUCCUCCAUAUGCCGAGCCCUUCUGCCAGUUGUCUCAGUUCCUAGAUGGUUCAUAGGGUUCAAUCCUGGUCUCCUGGGGUUCUUGGCCUCUUUUACUCUGAGGUCCUUGAGGUUUUAUUUAUUGGGUUCCUUGGUUUUGGGGUUUGCUCCUGGUCUUAUAUGGUUCUUAAAGUGUUAGGUUUAGCUUGUGAGGGUUUGUCCUCGGUCAUCUCUGGAUCUUCAGGUGUGUUUCUCACCUGUUGGGGAUAUUUAUUAUGCUUACAAGCCAUUCCAGGCUUUUGGUUUUUAUCCCUGGUCUUAUCGAGUCUCUAAGUGUUUGAUCCCCCUUGUUUGCCCCUAGCUCCGCAAGACUAUAGUGAUUACUUCUGAUCUUAUAAACUUGCAUAGUACACAUUACGGGUUGGCAUGAAAGAGGUCAGUACAGGUGAUUUGGUUUUCCAGUAUUUUGUGUGGAUGUCUAAAUGAGGAGGAACUCACCCAGGAGCUCAUUCCCUGACCCCUGUGUAAAUGAUGCCAAAGAGUGGCAUGGCAAGCUUGGCCAUUUUUCACACUCACUCUAUCUCUCUGUCUCAUUUUCUCUGUCUUUCUCUGUCUUUAACGUUGGAAGGGGCGGCGUGCCGGGGCUCCCUUCACAGCGUGCACUUGAAAGACGGGCGGUCAUGAAAGAGGCCAUCGACUUUUUCGUGGACUUCAAAGGGGAGGUUUUUUUCAUCCCGUCUCCUCUCUGGAUAUCUGGUCUGGGGUCCGCUCUUGGCCAGACCUUUGGGCUUUAGGGGGCAUUCAGAGGGGGCGGGAGGGAGAUCAGAGAGGAGGCUGAAUCAUCCAGAAUGAGGAUGGUGUGUGUGUAGGAGACGAAGGGGGGAACAGGAGGUGUUGGAGUAGCGGGGCACAGAGCUGAAUUAAACUUUAAUGAGCAACAAUUGUAAGCAUGCUGAGAGCGAAAGGGGGGCAGUAGUGGGGAUGUGCUGUUGAGUCUGUACAGAGGUGAAAAAAUGAAAAAGAAUAGAGCUUGAAGGCUGCCAACCCGUGCUCACUGCUGUCAUUGAAUCAAAGCUGAGGUGACACCUUUCAGGUUUCUCUUUGUCUCUCUGACUGGGAGCCUAAAAUGGAGAUAGAGCUUUUUGUAUUGAGCCACCUUCUGCUCCGUGUCAAGCAGGGAGGCUCUUCCCUUUCUGUACAGAGGGGCAGCAAGCAGGAGGAGAGAAUCCAGUGCUGCAGGUGAUCCCCAUUGCCAUUUUGGCCUGCGGCACCCCCUAGUGACUUUUCUAGAAAGUUGAGGCUGGCAGCCGAGGCCAUUGCAGAGCAAUUCUGAGGAGCACGUAAAUAAUAACAGUGAUAGAAAAUAAGUAGUACUGAAAACAAAUAUGUACUUUCAGGAUAAAAAAAUAAAUAAAUAAAUAAAAAAAGGACAAAAAAAAAACACUUUUCUGAUAAUGUUCAAACCAAAAAAAAAAACAACAACAACCAAAGAUUGAUGGGUAACUGCUGAAUCAUUAUUUAUCAUAGGUAGUUUUAGUAGUACCCUAUCAGCGUUACCAUAGCACUCAGAGGAUUCAAAAAAGCACCAGUGGGGUUCCGUGUGCUGAUUAUUUAUGUUGCAUAAACAGUAUUAUGUUGAGCUGGAACUGAGAAACUGACACGAGGCAGUGUCUUUAGAUGGAAGUCUUUUGACUCUGUGAACCCCAGUGUCCCCCUGUCUGUCCCUGCCUACUCCCCUGUGUGUACAUGAAGACUUUACCCAUCUACCUCAACUGUGUGAGAUGUUGUGUGGCAAAGAUAUUCCUUAACCAAAGAAUCCAUCCUGUCAGGGUGUCUGUCUGUCUGUCUUUCUAUCUAUCUAUCUAUCUUGUCUGUACAUCCGUCCCUUCUUCAUGCCUUUUACUCCAAACCAAAUGUGCUGGAAUCAAUCCGUGACAGGAGCUGAACGAGGCCCCCAUGAAGUCCAGUAUGUUAGAGUUGUCCCACUGAUACAUGUUCUGUAUGUAAAUAAAAUCAUUCUCAAGACCAAAAAAGAAGGAGGUGACAAUCCAAGCAAGGAGGAUCUUGCUGUAAUCAACGUUGCCUGUUCCUUGUUUUCCAAAAACUAGAAUUAUGCGAUUUGCUGUAAUAGAAAAAGCUCAAGAAUCAAGCGCUCAUCCCAAAAUACAAAGGUUAGGAGACAGAAGCUAUUUUUCCACAUUUGUAAGCCACCCCUUCCCGCCCUUGUUUUUUUUCCAAAAUGUUUAGUGUAGUUGAAAUACUGUUUGAUCCCACUGUUGUAAGUAGGAAUUAAUAAAAUCCAUACAAAAAGCUUUAAACGGGGAAGAGUUGAGGGACGUAUUUGACUGAGUCCGAGUUUCCUCAGCUUGAACUCGACCCACCAUGCUUUAUCGUGCCAUUCUUGUCCAUGUGUUAGACUUACUAAUGAAUGUGGCUAACCAACCAAAGGCUUUAAAAAAAAAAGAUACACAACACUUUAAACGUCAAUCAUGGUGGGACAUUUUGUAUCAACAACUAAAGAAAAUCCCUUUGAAUACCUCAUGUGAAAAUUGUUUGUUGUGAUGUUGCACUAAAAAAUAAAAAUGACUCAUUUGUAACCCAA